AUGUAUGAUAAGUACUGGAUACAAGCUGUAUACGCAAAUGCACUGGGGUUAGCGGCGGUUCGGUCCACUAGUCGACGGGUUGGCAUCCGUGCACGAGAUAUUGGUGGAAUCAUCCGAGACCCAUUCCCGGAUUCAGUUUACACAGCAAGAGACAUUUACAAUGCAAGAGCCCGGCCUAACAGAGAGAACUUGGGCGGCUAUAGUUCCACGGCGGCAUUGAUCAAGUUAUUCGACGAUAAGGGGAUCCCUUACAUCGCGGAGUGGGCCAGCGAUGAGCCGAGCCGUUUGGUGGGGUUGGUAUGGACAUUCCUUUACUGUCUCCAGAUGUGGAAGCGAUUCUCCGAGGUUAUUAGUUUUGACAACACAUACAACACAAACCGCUUCAAGCUGCCCCUUUUCCAAGUUACAGGACAAACCUGCUUGGGAACUGUGUUUAAUGCUGCAUUCGGCUUGAUCGACAACGAGAGGCUUGAAGGGUUCCAGUUCCUUGCAAAGGGCAUUACUACGCUCCUAAGGCGAAACGGUAUCCGAGUGCCUGAUGUUGUUAUUACCGACUUUGACAAUCAGAUGAAGAAGGCCCUCGAGUUUGAGUUUCCGGUCGCCCAGCAGCAGCUGUGUAUCCACCAUAUCAACUCCAAUGUGAUGCUACAGUCCAAACGGAGGUGGGUGUAUUCCGCUAAGGACAAGGGCACCGGGGAAGAAAGUAGCUCGGACGAUCCCGAUGCUACCCUGAACCAACGCGAUCAGCAGGCCGUACGUGCAUCUGCAAGGCAAGAGGAGCCAGUCGCCCUAGACAACUUACAUCAGCCCGUACCCCACGAUUACAACGGAGUGCUCGUGCUGUGGAAGCUGGUGGUGUUUGCUGAGACAGAAGAGGACCAUGAGAAGGCCUGGGAGUGCCUCUGCCGGCAGUUCGGUGACCAGAGAGCGAUCCUCGCGUAUCUGUAUAGUACAUAUAUGCCAGUAAGGGCGCAAUGGGCCCGAUGCUUCAUUCGAAAGUACCGCAAUUUCGGCAUUCGAGUGACUUCUGGCACAGAGGCCAGCAACAACAACAUAAAGAGCUAUCUGUUGAACGGAAUGAGCCAUUUAUACCGACUUGUUGAAGCAAUUCAGGGUAUGCUAGAAGACCAGGAGAGGGAGUUCCGCCAGGCCUGUGCCCAGGAUGAAGUGUUGACGGCGCGAGAGCACGAGCAUCGCAAGGCACUGAAAGGCAUCCCAAGCUCGUCCAAGCCUUGGCCGGAUGAUGUUGGAACUUGCGGCGACGAGUGCAAUGUUUCUUUUGAGCUCGGUGUGCCUUGCCACCACACAAUCUAUGCGAAGCUUACAACGGCGACGCCUCUGACGAAGUGGGAUGUCCACCCGCGAUGGCAUCUGAGAGAGCCGCCUCAAUCCGGACGUGCCUUCUUCGGCGAAACCACUCCUGACGGGCGUAAGACAAUUGUUGAGAUUACCAAAACUGGUUUAAAAACAGUCCUUCCUAGCGACUUCAGCGCAGAAAAUAGCGUCUAUGGAUACGGCGGUGCAAUUUUCGAUGUGUUGCCUGAUAACCGCAUUAUUUUCUCCAAUCGAGACAACACCAUCCUUCUGCUGAACCCGGACUCAGGAGCCGUUUCCCUAUUAGUAGAAAGCACAGUUCUGCACUACGGAAGCUUCUCUGCCAAUGCAUCAUUGCCCUGGGUUCUCGCAAUUGAAGAAGAUCGCACGGACAGUACCUCGCAGGGAGCUCAGAACUUCAUUGCAGCUAUCAACGUCGACACAGGCGAGGUUAAGAGGGUGGUGACAGGGGCAGAUUUUUACUUCCAGCCGCGGUUCAGCGCAGAUGGAACACGGCUCUCAUGGACCCAAUACAACCGCCCGGAGCUUCCAUACACAGACGCGAAGCUGCACUGGGCAGACUGGUCCCAAGAUGGCGCUGUCACAAACGUGCGCCUGAUUACGGGAGAGAACCGCGAAAGUGUUGCAGAGCCUCGAUGGGGCCCCGAUGGGUCUCUCUUCUUUGCAAAGGAGAUCGGCUCGUAUCGCCAACUAUUCAGAAUACCUUCUGGUAGCGGAGAGCAGUUUCCUAUCAAGCUGGCCGGCUUGGAAAGCGCGGAGUUCUCAUUUGCUAGCCACUCUGAACCGAUUAAUACGUAUGCUAUCCUCACAAAAGACCGCGUAUUGGCCACGCCAAUCAUAAAUGGGGUGAAUCAUGUGAUAUCGAUUGAUAUAACUACGGGCGAGUGGCAGCUGGUUGCCAACCCAGAGACUAUUUGCCAAGUCCUGCGUGAUUCGGUGUGCAGGUACGACGAUACAUCUGCGCUCGUAAUUGGCGCAGGCACGAUCAAUGGCAACACAGUCCAUCGCAUUGACGCAAUCAGGCCAGAGCUGAGCAAGGUCAUCCGGAAGUCAAUGGAUGAAACCUUGCCGACAAGUCUGUUUGCGGCGGGUAGUGAUGUUCGCUGGGCGGAUCUUGAGGAGAAGGACUGGCUAGAACUCGAAGAUUCAUAUCUCGAGUUAUUUGUGAAUGCGCAGGGCAAGAAGGUCUGGAUGGACGGCGCGAUGGCCUCAACCAAUGAGGAUUUUGAGUGGGAGGUGUAUUACAGUCGACGGGUGAUAUAUUGGGUGUUGACACUGAGGUGGAAUCUGAGGUUUGAGGCUCAAAAAUGGUGCAAGGGCAGGGCUCACUAUUGCCCAAAAAGGAAGGGGAAAUUUUUUGCGCGGCCAGAGUCAAUACACAUCCGCUCCAAGGACUUGCCGGCUCGGGACAUUCAUGGUUUCAUAUGGAUGCCUCAUAACCCGACUUACAAGGCUCCAGAAAGCGAACUGCCCCCGCUCAUUAUCCAGACACACGGCGGACCAACGAGCCAUGCGGGCUGCGGCCUCAUGCUACCAAUACAAUACUUCACCUCAAGAGGCUAUGCGUACGUGGAACUGAACUACACAGGAUCAACAGGGUACGGUAGAGAAUACAGGCAGGCUCUGUUUGGCAAUUGGGGGGUUUUAGACAGAGACGAUGUCGUCGAGUUGGCUGACCACCUAGUCGCCUCUGGACGAGUGCGAAUCGGAGCAGUCGGUGUGACCGGUGCAAGCGCAGGAGGCUACAUCACGCUGCAAGUGCUUUCGAAGUACUCGGAGAAAUUUGCUGGCGGUGUUUGCCUUUGUGGAGUAAGUGACUUGGAGACGCUUGAUAAGGACACUCACAAAAUUGAGUCGGACUCUGUGCCUGCUUUGGUUUUGCACAAUCCCGCCGCGGUCGGGACGGAGAAGCUUCAGACCUACCGUGAGCGCAGCGCCCUAUACAACGCCAAAGGAAUAAUAUCACCACUGCUGCUAAUACAUGGUCAAGACGAUACCUCUGUCCCUAUCGAACAGGCACGCAAGAUUUAUCAAGCAAUGGCAAAACACAUGGCGGACGUGAAGCUGAUAGAGGUCCCAGAAGAGGGACACAUGUUGUCAAGGCCAGCUACAGUACGACUACUGAUCGCAGAGGAAGAAAAGUGGUGGAGAAAAACUCUACUAAGACUUAGCUAA